CGCAUAAAGGCAGCGACAUUCUGAGCCUCGAGACCCAUUGAAACUAAAGUUUCUUGCCUUUAAGAGUGCAGCAAUGGCGAUUUUCACCUGGUUCCUCUGUUUUUGCUUUGCCCUGGGAGUUAAAAGAGGAAGUGCUGCAGCCUGCGAUGAGGGCUGGGACCAGCAUGAAUCAAAGUGCUACAAAUUCAUCGCAAACCCAGUAACAUGGUCUGACGCUGAGCUGAGCUGUUUGAAUUCUGGAGGGAAUCUUGCUUCGGUGCACACCUUUGAGGAGUACACCUUCUUGCAGAAAAUAGUCCAAGCAACUGCUGGGAAAAUGGCUGAAGCUUGGAUCGGAGCGCAAGACGCUACACAGGAGAAUGUGUGGCUCUGGAGCGAUGGGUCCAGGUUUGACUACACUUACUGGGCUCCUCGGCAGCCGGACAAUGCCGGCGGGAUUGAAGAUUGUGUGCAGAUGAAUGCACAAGGUACUCCAUAUCCUCUGUAUUCUUAG